AUUUAAUUAAAUAAUUUGAGUUUGUAAAAUUAAUAAUAUUUAUUUUAAAUUCAAGAAAAUAAUUUUAUCGAGCUAUAAGUUUAUAAUGAAAAUAGAUUUUUAGAAAAAAAACCCAACCUAUGGCAAUGAUGCCAGUUUUAUUAUUAUUUAUACCCGUUGCCCGUUGGGUUUUCCUUAGUAAUCGGUCGUUGGUGUUACAAUAUCUUAGUUACAGUUGGCCGUUACUCGUAAGGUACUACCUACUUAUACAGUUUGCAACUUACGAGUUGUCUUCUUACAGUUACUACCUAUAUACAGUUUGUCAGUUUCCAAUUUACAAGUUACAGUUAUUAGUUAAUAGUUACUAUACAGCUGUCAGCUACUACAGAACUAACUAUAGGUAUAGUUAAUUCUUACUUAGUCCUGUCCUGUUGACUGGCGUGUUGUGGUGCAUUGUGCUUUUAAAAAUAUUGUAAAUUGAAUACAGCUUUAAAUAGAUAAAACCAUAAUAAAGGUAAUAAGUAAUAACUUUUGACUUAGAAUUAUGAUUUGUUUUAUUUGUAAAAUUAGUGUAGAUACAUUUUCGGCAUUGGCUUUUCACUAUAAAUUUAUGCAUUUUCUUGAUCCUUUAAGCUCAUAUGAGUGUUCUGAGAGCAACUGUUCUCAAACAUUUCAAAAUUUGAAUGGUCUUAGAAGGCAUAUACUUAGGAUACACAAUAAUAGUUCUAAACUUACUGAAGUUAAUAGUGAUUUUAAUACAAAUACCUCGACAAAUACCAUGAUAAACCCAAGUCAUAUUAAUACUUCUUGUGCACCAUUAAUUGAUACAAAUAUGAAUAUGUUAAAUAAUAGUAGUAUCACUUCACCAUUGUUGAAUACUAAUCAUUUUAAUUUAAAAGAAGCUUUAGAUUUUCUAAAUGUGUCAGCUGUUAAAUUUAGUCUUCAAUUACAUAAUAAUAAUAACUUUUCUAGAAAAGAUAUUUUAAAUAUUCAAUGUGAAAUUUCUGAUAAAAUAUUAAAUUCAAUUAUAUUAUUGCUCAAAGGUACUUUACUAGAUAAGAUUAAUGAUCCUUUAUUAAUAUCAACCACAAAUAUGAUUAUAUCUGAAAUUUCUUCACUUUUUAAAUAUUGUGGUAGUGAAUAUAAGUUGAACAAGUGGUUGUCUAACAAGGAAUUAACUGCAGAUAUUGUGCAAUUCACAAUAAAUAAUGAAAUCAAUUUUGUGUCUCAUGCUGGUGAAAAUGAGUAUGAUGAAAUAAAUACAAAGGGAAUUUUAUUUCCAUUAAAAUUCCAGUUUCAAAAAUAUUAUGAAAAAAAUGAUUUACUUAUUCAAACAUUACAAUUAUAUGAUAAUUUAAAUAUCUCAGAUGAUAGUUUUUUAUCUAAUUUCAUUCAAGGGUCUUUAUGGAAAGAUAAAGUAAAAUUAUAUCAAAAUAAAAUAGUUCUUCCUUAUUUCAUAUAUAUUGAUGACUUUGAAAUCAACAAUCCCUUAGGUUCAAAUGCAAAUUUUCAAUCUAUAUCUGCUGUAUAUUAUAGUUUUCCUCUGAGUAAAAACAACUCAAAAAUUUCAGAAAUAUUUUUAGCUGCUUUAAUUAAAGCAAAAGAUUUAAAACAUUUUGGAAAUGAUUUAUGUUUUAAGAAUUUAGUUGAUGAAUUGAAUAGCUUAGAAAGAGAUGGGAUUUCUAUAAACACAUCGUGUGGUAAAAAAAACGUGCAUUUUAUUUUGGGAUUAGUUAUUGGAGAUAACUUGGGUCUAAAUUGUAUAUGUGAUUUUAGUAAGUCAUUUUCUGCUAAUUUUUACUGUCGAUUUUGCAAAGUAAACAAAUCAUUGACCAAACAUUUGGCUGUAGAAGAUGAAUCAAUGCUUAGAGAUGUUCAUAAUUAUCAAACAGAUGUUGAAAUAAAUGACUUUAAGGUAACAGGUAUAUAUAAAGAAUGUAUUUUGAAUCAAAUCGAUUCUUUCCACGUUACAACAAAUUACUGUAUUGAUGUUAUGCAUGAUCUUUUUGAAGGUGUUUGUCACUACAAUGUAUGCCACAUACUUAAAUAUUACAUUUCAGAUGUUAAAAUCAUUUCCUUGGAAACACUAAAUAAUAGGAAACAAUAUUUUAAUUAUGGUGCCAUAGAAAUAGGUAAUAACUCUCAUACCAUUGAAAAACACCAUUUAUUAAAUUUUCAUUUAAAAAUGUCGGCUAGAGAAAUGAUGUGUUUUAUUCAUUUUUUACCCUUAAUGAUAGGUGAUUUAAUACCUAAUAACGAUGAUACUUGGCUAUUUUUUUUAAACUUUCUGGAGAUUAUUGACAUAUUAAUGUCACAUAAGCUGACACAAGAUUUAAUAGCUUGCCUUAAACGACUCAUAAAAAAACAUAAUUUAGAUUAUGUUACAUUAUUUAAAGACACAUUAAAACCUAAACACCACUUCUUAACUCAUUAUCCUUCAAUAAUUCAAAAAUCUGGACCACCUAGGCAUUUUUGGUGUUUCAAAUAUGAAUCGAAACACAGAGAACUGAAAAUGUAUGCCCGUGCUAUAACAUCAAGAAAAAAUAUAACCCUAUCAUUAGCAAAAAAAUGCCAGUUAAAAUUUGCAGAUUUUUUAUUAAACGGGACAAAAGAUGAUGAUGUUAUUAAAGCUAAUAAACAUAAAAUUGACUGUAGUUACCAUGAGAUACUAGCUGGCAGAUUAGGGGAUACAUUUAAAAUAUAUGACUGUUACUCACAAUUGAAAUUUAAAGGUACAGUGUAUAGAAUUGGAUAUUAUGUAACAAAAUUUACAUAUGAACUUAGUUUUUAUGAAAUUUUAGAAAUUAUUCUAGUAAACACAACAAAUGAAAUCAUAUUAAUUCUUAAACAAAUUAGAGUUGAUUGCUAUGUUGAACAUUUGAAAUCAUAUAAGAUCGACAAAAAUAAAUCUGAAAUUCUUACUACAGCUAUGCCAAUAGAGGAUUUUAAUGGUCCACCAAUAAACAUUAAUACAGUUUUGGAUGGAUCAUUAAUGAUUCGAUUAAAAGAAUAUUUCUAAUGUAAAUGCAUAUUAUAUGUAUUUAGUUAGAUAUAACUGCAUGUAUCUUAAAUAGAUACAUUUAUUUUUAAAUUUAAUUACCUAUUAAUUACUUUCUUGAUAUUUGAUUUUUUAUCUUAUUAAUGUAUUCUUAAGUCUUAUAUUUUACACUAUUUAAAUUAAAGUCACA